AGUCACACUGUGUCAUCGUCUCAAAUGGGACAAGAAACACACACGCACACAUGCACUCACAGGAUGGACGUGGUCUCGCCUCACUGCUGUUGCACGCUUCAGACCUUCAUCAUCCUUGUCCUGUCAGGUCUUCACGUGUCCUCAGUUUCCUCUUUUAAAGUGACGGAGGGGGGCGUGGCUUCUCUGUCCUGUCAGUACUCCGUGAAGCGUUUCGGUCUGAGUCGGGUGUGUUGGGGUCGGGGUUGCGGGACCUUCUGGUGCAGCAACAUCCUGGUGCAGACGGACGAGAACGGCGUCAUCUCCAAGGUGGAGGACCGGUACAGGCUGACCGGGGACGUCCUUGACGGACAGAUGGAUCUUGACAUCGUGAAUGUGAGGCGGACGGACAGCGGGCCGUACUGCUGCAGGGUGGACAUCGACGGGAUCUUCAACGACAAGAAAUCCAUCAUGAACCUGCGAGUGGUGAAAGCUCUGGUCACCAGUUCUCCUCCAACGACUACCACGACACCAACAACGAAUCAAGUAACAGAGCCGUCGUCCUCCACAGUAAACUGGAGAUCCCUGCUGUCGUCUCAGCUCGACCUGCUGAGGAAGAACUCCACCCUGCUGCGCUCCGACACCAUCACCGGGGAGGAUUCUCUGCCCUCUCUCUCUCUUCAGAUCAAUGUUCCCGUCCUCUCUCUCUCCCUCACUGUGAUGUCCAUCGUGGCCGGAGUUUUCCUCUUUCUGGCCUUCAAACGUGGAAUCUACAACAGAGCCCUGAAGGCCGACUGUUUCUCGUCUGAAGAGCCACCUCACAUCAUCUAUGAGAUCCGGAUGAGACGGCCAGUCCAGGAGAACAUCUACACUCUGGACUGAGAGCCUCUGACGGAACAAAGAAAAUAAUUAAUGUGGUACAACAGUUAAAUGAAGUCAAUCAGACACCUCUUCAUGAAGUUACAGUACUGGCUGACUUUAAACGUUUUGUGAAAAACUUGCUGAAUAAAAAUCAUCAAUACA